GACACUGGGCCGUGUUCCGAACACCACUUUCCCGCACGAAGGGCGCACCUCCUCUACUCGCCAACGUUCCCGUCCUCCUCCCUGCCUAUUCCCAAUUGGCUCCUUCUGCCUCCGUGUCCCCCCCCCCUCCCCUACUGCGGACCGAAGAGGAGGGGCCGAAUCCUCGCCUGCCGGCCCCGCCCGUGCUCCUCCCCUGCUCUGGCCCGUUUCUUUCUCCCUCUCUCUGUCUCUUGAUUGUCCGCGUGCGAAACACCGAUGCUCCCUUUCUCGGCGCAAUUCCACCCCCAACAGGGCAUGCAUGGUGCCACCAUGACCGACGACAUGACCGCUUAUGGCAACAUGGGCGCCUAUGAUGGCUCCUUCACCACCGGCGGCCAAUCCAUGCCCCAGCAGCCCGCUGCUCAUCAGCCCUUCACCAACGAUGGCAGUGCCGGUCGUUCGCUGCAGGGCCAUGCCCAGCAGCCGCAAAUGGCCGGGCAAUUCCACACUGGCGCGCACAUCGCCACCGACAUGUCCACCUCGUCACCUGCCUUCUUGUCGCAAACAGCGCUCCCUUUGGCCAAUUACCAGUCGCACCCGGUGGCCGACUCGAUAGGCUCGAUGGGUGACAGUGCUGGGGCAUACCGCUUCAUGCCACUUGACCCGCAGACUGGCCCGGAGCCCGGCAUUGGCCUCAGCACGGAGCCGCAUCGGACCUUCGGCAUGAUGGAUAAGCGAGCCGAUACCUACCAGGUGGACUAUGACCAUGGCCGCAUGCCAACCCUUCUUGAGCAGGACCGGCCAGCUGGAGGUUUCAUGCUGGACGGAAAUCUCACUGGGCGGACGGUCAACCACCAGGGGAUGCUCCACCCGCAAGCGAACUCGGUCCCAGGGACAGGCAUGCACGCGACACCUGCGACUGCUGCUGCGACGGCGGCGGCCGCCGCCGCCGGCGGACUGAACAUUGUCCUGGGCUCCUCGCACAUGGUCACCCAGCUACAGGGCGGCUUCCCGGCCGGGCAAGCCGGGCCCCGGCCGCCGAAUCUCUUUGGGGCCGGCGGCCCUCCCCUGGGCAACAACGGCAAUUACACCUUUGCCCAGCCGCAGAUGGCUGCCGGGCAGAAUGCCGUGCUCUAUGGGCAGGGGCAUGUGGGCGCGGUGCGGCCGCGGCCGGUUGGCAACAGCCCCCACAUGCACCCCUUCCUUUCUCCAGGUCAGCUGCUGCCCAAUCGCAUGGGUCCCUUCAAUGCGGUUAACUCCUCGGGCAUGAUGGUCCUCCUGCAGGAUGUUGGCAUCAUGGCAAUGCGUCCCCCGGGUUCCAGCGGCGCUGGACAUCCCUAUGCCGGGAUGUCGGCACCCUUCCGGCCGAUGGUCAAUGACCCGAGUGAAAGCAACAGCAACGCGCGCAUUCGCCAAGCUAGACGGUGGCUCGUGCAUACCUUUGUCUUGACGCCGGACUUUAGCUUCUUCAUCCCCCGGGCAUCCAUGUACUCGAGUUAUGUGGCUUCCAUCGGGGAUGAUGCCUUGAAUGCAGCCACCUUCGGCAAGGUCAUUCGGUCGGUCUUCCCGUCUGUGCGCACGCGGCGCAUUGGCGCACGCGGGUGCUCCAAGUACCACUACUUUGGGAUCCGCUUUGCGCACGAUGAGGGCCCGCCCGGACCCAAGGGCGUGGGCCCGGUUGUUCAGCUGGAAAUGGAGGAGGCCGAGCGCACCCGGUCCACCUCGAAAUCUUCCGAUCCCAAUGACAAGGACGAGUCUCCGGGCAGCGAUGAUGAGGAGGAGACCACCAGUACCACCAGCGGCGCCUCCUCUCGCCAGCCUGAUGAGGGGGACAAUUCAAAUACCUCCGCCGGCUCGCAGGAGGACGAUCUGGCUGCGGCGGAUCCGGCCACUAGCACCUCCGGCGACAUGGUCGAGGCCGAGGGUGGCGGUGGUCCUGGCAGUGGCUCCGGCGCUGCGCAUCUGCACAGCAAGCUCCAUGUCACGCGAGUUCAGUCACCGACAUCGCCCACAUCGCCGAUGGUGGCCGGCGGUGGUGUGGCCGCGGAUUCCGGGCCCCGGUCGGCCGGGCUCCGGCGUGGAUCAAGUGGCGGCCUCCCCUCGCCCUUGAGCGGCGGCCACUCGUCCAUGGGGCGCUCGGCGCUGGCGGCGUCGUCGCGCGUGAUGCACUCUUCGGUCGAGGCGACAGAUGCGCUGCCGCCCAGCGGUGGCGAUCUCCCCGGCAGCCAGCCACCCUCUCAGCGUGGUCGUAGUGCCUCCAUUUCGCAGCAUGUCCGGGGUGAUUCUGGCGAAGGCAUCGCGUCUCACCAUGCGCCCUCCGGGCAGACGGCAAUUCAUGUCAUGCAGCAGCAGCAGCAGCAGCAGCAGCAGCAGCAGCCUACUCAACAGAGUAAUGGCUCGGCCCAUGCGCACUCCCUCCCCCCUUCCCCUUCGGCCUUCUAUGGGGGUGCGCGUGUUGGCGUCCGGCCGGCCAGCUCGAGCCAGCUGACCAGUCUGCCCGCCUCAACCGAGGGUGGCUUCCCCCCACCGGGCGGGCCGACCGAGAGUGGUUCCAGCCCGAAUGGCUUCCCUUCGGCCAGUCCCAAUGGGUCUAUGAUGGGCAGCGGCCCGAUGCCCAGUGGUGGGUCGCUCGGUGGCGGCCCUGGCGGCGGGCCGCCCCACGGCCUUGGCCCGGAUGGCCACCCGCGCUUUGCCGUGGCCCGGCGUCGAGCGUCAGUCCCCUCGCUGGUGCCCUUCAGCAAUCCAACUGGCGGCCCGUCCGGGCCCGGGUCUGCUGGGGGACAUCAACAGCAGCAGCAGCAACAGCAGCAACAGCAGCCGGAUGCCGUGCGCUACUUCCAAGCCUUGGCCAGCGGCCAGGUGAGCGCUCCUCUCAGCGGGGCCAGCCCAUCGCCUGUGGGCGGCCCCGGGUCCGGCCCCGGGGUCAGCAUGCGCCCAGCCAGCGCCCAGCCCUUCUCCUCUCCCCUGUCAGUUCCUCCCUCGCCCUCGAUUCACCCUUCGGCUGGGGGGGUUGGUGCUGGAGGAUCGACCAUGUCGUCCCCCUCGACCGGAGUGCCCCACAUGCACGCCAAUCAACCACACGGGCUUGGCCAUGCCCAUCAUGGGCAUCACGCCCACCAGCAGCAGCAGUCGCAGUCGCAGUCGCAGUCGCAGUCGCAGAUGGUGCCGAUGACCGUGGUCGGGGGGUCCCGGCGGCCGAGUGUAGAUUUUUCGGCCGGGCCGCCCACUCUUGGCUCUGCUUCUGGCGCCAGUGGCAGCAUGCCACUGGGCCCGAGUGCCGGUGGCUUGAAGCACAUGUCCCCGGGCUCGGGGCCCGGGGCCCUGCCAUCGGCCGCUCGCCGCCGGGCCAGCUACGACGUCGGAGCCAGCUAUAUUACUGGCCGCGCCGCGCCGAGCGACGGUACGGCCUUCCCUCCGAGUCAGUUCCCUCCGAUGCUGCACCAUGGUGCCGGCGGGGCGAUGGUCGGUGGAGGACUGCGCGGGCCCACCGGCGUCGGUGGCUCGGUGGAUGCGCAAUCGCCGGAAUCCACUGGGUUCCUUGGGCCGGGUGGCCGGCUCUCAGCCGGGGGACUGCCCUCGGGCCCGGGUGGCCUUCGGCCGACCUCCGCCGCCGGCGGGGGGUCUACUUCGUCGUCAGCUUCCUCGGCCUCAUCCUCGAGCUCCUCAUUGUCCACCCCGGCUGGCGGGUCCCUGCCCUCGCUGGGGACCAUCAAGGACCUGGCCGUGUCGCCGACCUCCUCCCUCGGGGGCAUGGGCAGUCAGCCGCUCCUGUCGCUGCCGGGCGGCCCGUCCCCGUCGGUGGGCUUCAGCACCGGGUCUGGGGUUGGCGGCGCUGCCGGUGGCGGUGGCUUUGCCUCGGUGGCUUCCAUUCUGCCGGGGUCUCAGCCGCUGGAGCCGUCUGAGAGCCCGACCGCCGUUGGGAACCGCCUGACCCAGCGUCGACGCAGCAGCCAUGAGGCCGAGCUUCUGAUCUAUGCCUCGGAGAAGCGGCGUCUUCAUGGCCACAUUUCCAACAUGGUCAGCCCCUCGCACAAUAUCCCCCAGCCCGGGCCGCAACAUCACCACCUGCAGCAUCUCCCGGGGCCAGGUCAGCAGCAGCCUCAGCAGCAUUCCUCUGCUCCCUCUGCCAGCCUCAGCCACCCGGGUGUGGCGAGCGCCGGGCACGGGUCGACCUCCUACUCGUCGGACACCCUGUACAGUAUCCACACGCCGGGUCAGUCAUCCACGUGCUCUUCGCCGGCGCCACUGGCAGCCAGCCCCUCCAACACCCCGCUGGCCCCGAUGACCGGCAGCGCGCUGGCCUCCUGCUUCACACCGCCGAAGUCGACCGGUGGCUCGAGCCACCUGCCGACCCCAGAGCUCUCUUCCAUCGAGGAGUUCCGCCGGCAGUAUGACCUCCAGUGUGUGAGCAACCUCAACUCCCUGACCGGGGCCCUGGCCGCCGGUGAGGAGUUGCAGUACCCGGCGGCCGAGGAGCACAUCGCCUGCGAGGUGCGGGACUUUUGGCUGGCCAUCCCGUCGAAUGUCAUCCGGCAGAUGUCGCGCAGCGAGCUUGGCGAAACCGUCCGGCGGAUGGAUGAAAUGUCCUUCGAUCUGCUGGUCAAGAAGAUGGUGCCCCUGCGGCCGGACGCCGAUCCGGCCAUGGUUGGCCCGCUGCUGGCCCGGCUGAAGCGCGCUCGCAGUACCCUGACGUAUGUUCUCUCCUCUGCCGGGCUGCUGAAUCCCCUGUGUCAGCGCUUUGAGCCGACCACCUUCUCCACGGUGACCGAAAGCAAGGCCCUGGCAUUGGAGACCUUCCAGACGUCACUGGUCAACUUGGAACUCCUCCUGCCAGCCGGCGAGAACCUGGUCGCGGGAUUGUCCGAUCAGGCAUCGGCCCUGGCCACACAUUGGCAGGGGCUUUGGGCCCUUUCCCCCGGCAGUGGAAGCGGCGGCUCGGUCGGCGGCAGCGGAGGCGGCUGUGCCUUCCCCAUUCAGACCCUGGUUACCCCGGACCAGUGGCAGCCGAUGGCCGAGUACCCGGCCGACCUGAUCACCAAUGUGGCUACCGGGGUCCGGGCUCUCUUCGAGCAGACGGCCACCCUGGUGCAGCAGCAUGUGUCGGAUGUCGUCGUCGGCCUGGCCGCCACCCAGCAGUCCCCUUCUGCCACCGAGGCGGGAAUGACCUCCGCCGGCGGGGCGGGGGCCGGUCACCUGCAAGUGUCCGCCGAGUCGCCCUUCUUGUCGUCAUUCUCCCUGGUGAAUGGGUCCUCGCCGCCGUCCUCCUCGCUGGGGGCGCUGACCAGCACCUCUGGGGGGGGCGCCGGCGGUGGCGUGGACGGUGUCGGAUCGCCGCAGCACUCCCCAGCCCCCGGGCCCGCGAGCAUGAUGUCACAGGCGUCCACGGCCCUGCGGCAGCAUCUUCUCCGGAUCUGGACCGCCUGGAGCAUCGGCCGGGCGGAUGCCCUGCUCGAGUGUCUUGGUCAGUAUUGGCCGCAUCUGGGGGCCUCGGCUCCCGGAGGUGGCCGGGUCUGGACUCGCCGAGCCUUCGAUGAGGUGUCCGCUUCGUGGACUCGGCUGCUGAGUUUGAUGUUCAGUCUGACCGCCGUGGCCGUUGCUUCCACCACCAGCACCGGCGGCGGCGGAGCAGGCAGCAGCAGCAGCAGCAGCAGCAGCAGUCACCACCUGAAGCCGGCGCUGGAUAUGACCAGCGAGUUCCUGGUCAAGUGCUUCCGCUUCUACUUCACUCAGAAGUCGGUUGACACCCUUUUUAAGCAACUGGGUGGCGUCUCGGCGGAGGAUCCACGCGCGAUUGCGGGCGGUGCCAUGGUUGGCAAUGGGCAGCACCAGUUUGCCGUGCACCAGCGCCGGUCCAGCGGCGGCAUGGCCAGCGCGCUGUCCAGCCAGUCUGGCUUGUCCCCCGUGCCGGAGGUCCAAGCAGAUCUGACCGACGGCGAUCUGGAUGAUGAGCUGGCUGAUGGCGGCGCCUACCAUGCUCCUCAUGGUGGCGUUUAUCAGCCGACAGGUGGCAAUGUGCCCUCAUCGCAUCUGGCCUUGCCGCAGCAGCAGCAGCAGCAGCACCAUCAUCAUCACAGCGCUUCGCACCAUUAUGGUCAGACACCCGGCGGUGGUGACUUUGCCGGGGAUUUCGGCCCGAACGAGCACAAGCCCCACCGGCGAACGAUGUCUGGUGAGCUGCCAGACCACUCGUCCCCCUCGGUGCCGACUGUCGCUCGGUCCAUCGCUCACAUGAAGCUCGUCGACAUGGCAGGCCCGGCCGGGAGCAGCGCCCCUUCCUCGCCACACCACGGGGGCAUCAGCUCGAGUGGAUCCGUCGGCGGCCCAUCCCUCCGGCCCCUUGGCUCCAUGUCCUCUUCACAACAGCAACAGCAGCAGCAGCCUCCGCCCUCGGCGUCAUCGGCCUACUUCGGCAUGUCCAAGUCCGGCGGCCUUGGUGGCAUUUCGGAAGAGCCGUCCACCACCUCCUCGAUGCACUCGCCCUCGCACCAUCUCCAUAGCUCUCAGCAUGCACAGGCCCCCCAAUCGCAGCAGUUCCAGCAGUUCCAGCAGUUCCACGCGCAUGCCCCUCCUGGGGCGGACCUGGCGCAGCAGCAGCAGCAGCAGUCGCAAACGAACCACGGCACGAAUGAUUCUGCCCUUCGCUCUGGAGGCGACGCCAGCGCUGGGCACCUGCAAAAUGGUGGCGGCGGCGGCGGCGCAGGGUAUAUGUCGUCUGGUGCCUUUGUUCCUCACCAGAAGUCCGGACUCCAUCAGGCGAGCGCAACCGCCCACAUGGGUUCCGCAGGGGCGGAAACAGAGUUCCUGCCUGUCGACGAGGAUGCAGUGACCAAUGGCACCGCCGCUUCCCUCCGGACGGCCAUCACCUCCGGAGAUCAUCAUUACUCUUCCGGAGGGGGGCUCAGUGUGGGCGGGCCGGGUGCCAUGCUCGGUGGUGGCGGCGACGAUCCAGCCUCUUCAAGUCUGAAGAUGGCUGUCUCGUCAUUUGGCCUCUCGGCCAGCGGUGGUAGCGCCCUGCACGCGGACCCCAAUGGUCUUGGGGCCGCAAGCGGGAUGUUCCAUUCGGGCAGCGUCCCGGGUGGCGGCCUGGGCCCCGACACCGGGGUGGAGCACCACCUAUUCACGGGCACCGGCGAGCCUUCGUCCCCUUCGCUGCUGGUGUCUUCGGCCCACCAUCACCAUGGUCUUGGACCGGAUGACUUGCCGCAACAUUCGCACCAUGCCAUGGGAUCCGGGGCCAAUGGUGGCAGCGGUGCCGGCCUGAGUGAUGGCAGCCUCCACUUUGCUGGGGCUUCUCCGACGCACCAUCACCAAAUGCAGCAGCAGCAGCAGCAGCAGCAGCAACCGCCGCCGCAGCAGCAGCAGCAGCAGCAGUUGCUGCUGCCUCCCGCCCACCACGGACCGCCCGACUUUGGCAAGGGGGCCAUGGCCAUUUCGCCGGGUCUCGAUGCCUCAGCCGAUCCCCAUCAUUUGGACUUGACUGGAACCGGGCGUGCGGUGACGGCCCACCACCAGCCUGCGCAUCAUCAUCACCACCCGCACCACCACCCGCACCACCACCAAGGCGGUGCCUCGUCGGAGGAGUCCCACGGGUCGCACCCCGGGGCGGCUCCCACUCCGGGCAACCUUCACUCCUCCCCUUCACAGCAGCAUCAAUCAUCGCACCCAGGGGGGUUCUUGACGACGGAUGGCAACGGCAGUGCCAGCAAUCUCGGGCCCCAUCACAUCCCGCCAGGCCAAGGCGGUGGCAGUCACCCCAGCGGCCCCGGCAGUGGCGGUUCCCUGGCUCCCCUCCGGCACCUUCACCAACAGCAGCAGCAGCAGCAGCAGCAGCAGCAACAACACCAGCAACACCAGCAACAUGCAAAUGACGGCGGCGACAGUGGUGGUGGCGGUGGUGGUGGUGGUGGUGGACAUUACCACCAUCAUCAUCACCACCAUCACUCGGGCUUGCAUGCGGACAUGUAUGCCUCCGGCUCGGGUGUAGUUGUUCCCGGCAGUGGGGUGUAUGAGAGCGGCUCGCCAGAUCUUUUUGGUGCCGUGAUGGCCGCAGCCGGUGGAAGUGGCGGCCCCUCGCCCUCGGUCGGGUCUGUGCCCGGCGGCCCGGAGCUUGGCCAUAGUCUUGCCGGCUCGCCAAUGCUCAGUGCCGUGGGGGUCUCGUCGAUGGGAUCCAGCGGCCGGGUUCACCCGGUAGCCGGUGGGGCGGCCGCCGCCAGUCGCUUUGAUCCGGAUGCCUCAUUCGGCUUGAGUGGCAUGUAUGAGGCCGGUGCCGCGGACCCCUACUUCGGUCAGUAG